AUGCCUCGACUUGUACGCCGCCGCCCGUUCUCCGAGCGCAUACUCUCAUACCUGAAUCCAUAUGACUUUCUGCUUUGGCUUUCUGAGGAAUUUGAAGCCGGUGAUUGGGAUCAACUGGAGAAAAACUGGGCUUUGCCUAUCGGUAUUGCGCUCAACUUGAUCUUGCUUAUUGCGCGAGCAAAUAGUCGGUCCGGUGGUAGCAAGGCUUUCGAUGAUGUGUUCGGCGACGACGACGGCACAUCUCUGCGUGGGUGGCUUGCCUCAUUUAUCGCCCAUUUGAUGGCUGUCGCCUCUGUGACCAAUGCAGUCUACACAUUCCAGAAGAAGAGACGCUAUCGCCUGUUUGAGAAUUCCAUUGAUAACAAUCCGGCGACCCCGUCGGCGCAUCGUGUACGGGUUGAUUCAAGCCCCAGGAUGCCGUCUCCCUUGCGGUACAUCGCCAAAGCGCUAUCAUCAGAAUCGGCACACUCGAGAGCACACCCCGACGCACAGCGGGAUGUCUGGGAGCUUGCAAUUUGGGAUCCUUCGCCACUUUGCCUCCGGCUCUUUUGUCUGUUCAGCCCAGGACACGUCUUAGUAUACUGGCUGUUCCUCCCGACACAGCUUUCCGAUCCACGACCCAGCGUGACGAUUGUGACGACAAUAGUUUUGACAGCUCUUCUAUCUGUGCAAAUGUCCUUCAUAUCUUCUUCGUACACGCAACAAGCCAAGGACCAGAAGGUUAUACACAAAGAGGUCUUCAAAGAAUAUGACACCAAAUAUGUACAACCUCGGACACAUCCCGUGAUGAGAGAUGUUGGCACUCAAUUCUCGGAUCCCUAUGGUGAACCACCGAAGACCGAGGACGAAUUUAACAGGGUUGAAACUUAUAGCCCCGCUGUCAUCAUUAACCGUGGUUUCAAGACCAGCCCCAACCCCAAUUACCUCAAGCACGUCGACCCAGAAGGUUUCACGCCGGUCCGCCAGUCGACUACCUCUACUCCGAUCUCCUCUAAGUUCCAAGGACCCCCAACCCACACUCCGAGCAUGUCUCGAGAUGGCUCGCCGAUGGCGCGAGGUAACAACCGCACAACAAUGCGACAACCGCAAUUCCGAUCCACUGCAACAACAACAGGUGAUGGAGGAAGCCUUGGUGUCUACAGUCAUGCAAACUCCCCACUGAGGAAAUCUGCGACAACUUCAUUUGACCGCCGUUUACAAAGCAACGGAGACUUUGUUUACAAGGAGCGUGGUACAACUCCCUUGAUGCGAACCUCCAGUCCGCUGAAGAGAAGCAGUGUACCGGGAGGCGGUCCAGCUACCGUCAAUAGAUCAGAUAACUUCAACUCUCGCCGAGAACCGGGGCGAUUUUAA